UAAUGGAAGGGUGCUGCAGGUUUCCCCCGGUCUCCAGUAAAGUGGAGCAGCAGAAGAUCCAGCUCUGAUCAGCAGCAGCUCCACACCUCUGUACUCAGACUGAUCUGCUGGAGGAACACCAUCAGCUCACCUGCAGCAGAAAUAAAUACCAACCUGUUGCAAGUUGUCUCCUGUUUCUGGUGUCAACUGCCCUACCUGGAUAAAAGGUAUACCGAUUCAGAAGAUUUCACAAAAAUAUUAAGCUGCUGAACGAAGGGGAGAACAUGGAAUCCAGAGAAAUCUCCAAUACUCAGCCAACAUCCUCUCCUACACCUAGCAGACAAAUGCAGCAAAGCACAGGCAAGAAAGCUCUCCACUGUUCAGACUGUGGGAAGAGUUUUAAAUAUCAAAGUGAUCUACAAAAACAUCAGCGAGUUCACACUGGAGAGAAACCAUAUCACUGCUCAGACUGUGGGAAGAGCUUUACUACAAAGCGUCAUCUCCAAGUACAUCAGCGCAUUCACACAGGAGAAAAACCAUAUUAUUGCUCAGAUUGUGGUAGGAGUUUUACUGCACAGAGUACUUUCAAAAGACACCAGCGUGUUCACACCGGAGAGAAACCGUAUCACUGCUUAGAGUGUGGGAAAAGUUUUACUAUCCAGCGUAAUCUCCAACAACACCAGCUUAUUCACUCUGGAGAGAAACCGUAUCACUGCGUAGAGUGUGGGAAAAGUUUUACUACCCAGGGUAAUCUCCAACAACACCAGCUUAUUCACACUGGAGAGAAACCAUAUUAUUGCUUAGAUUGUGGGAAGACUUUUAAUCAACAGAGUAAUCUCAAAACACACCAGCGCAUUCACACUGGAGAAAAACCGUAUCACUGCUCAGACUGUGGGAAGAGUUUUUCUCGACGAUGUGCUCUCCAAAAACACCAGCGCAUUCACACUGGAGUGAAACCAUAUCACUGCUCUGAGUGUGGGAAGAGUUUUUGUAAACGGAAUAGUCUUGAAUCACACCAGCGCAUUCACACUGGAGUGUAACGUAUCACUGAUCAGAGAGUAAAGCUUUAGGCAUUCAUAUACAUUGAUGAAAUGCAAGUGCACUAAGAGUAUUUAAGACUUUUACACACCUAUAACCAUUAGAGGAACCAUAUUACUUCCAGGGGUAUCCUCAGACAUUUAGCAAAGUCAUUAAAAUUAUGAAUGAAAUUUCGAAAGUACAGUCGACUCUAUCCAGCAACAGCUUCAAGAGUCAAGAGGCUUUUCCUGUCAUUACAUCUGAGUACAGUUACACUCUUUUUUUAGUUAUCUUAGAAAAUAUUUUCAGCAUGUAGGUGGGGUUGGAGAGGUGUGGUAGAGAUGUAGGAAAGAAUACUAAGCUCAAACACCUCACAGAUCAGUGUUUAGUAUUUGAUUAGCUGUUUCUUAGAAAUCAGGCAGCACACACUGAUCAGCCUUAACAAUAAAAUCACCCCCCUUGUUUCUACACUCACUGUCAUCUUAUUACUCUGUGGUUCUAUAAUUACUGCCUGGCUUGUGAGUCAUUUAUUUACAAUAUGUUUGUCUUAAAAUUAAUUUUAAUCUAAUAAUAAUUAAUGAUAUAACAUAUUUUUUAUUUGUGUUGAGCAUUAACAGCUUGAGUAUUAUGUGUAUUUUGGAUUUAUACUUGUUACUCUUCGAUUUUUGAUUAUACUUACUGUACUCUUAUUAUUUGAUUAUUGCGAAACACAAUUGCCAUAACAUAAUAUUGCCAUAAUAUAUAUAUAUAUAUAUCUCAAGUACCAGAUGAGUAAAUGUUUUUCAUCUAAUUUUGUAUGUUACAAAGACUAAUUAUAACCUUUUCUGCUUUUGUGUACAUUGUUUAAAAGCUUCACAUCAUUGCUGUCACGUAAAAACCUUUUUAUAUUUCUCCUGAAUAAAUUAACUUUGCCUUACAUCUUUAGCACAUCUGAGCUAAAUAAUAUCAAUGUGGAAAUAAACUUUUGUAUAAUAUUCAUUUACACUUGUAAUAGGUUAGUUUUGCUAAUAAUAAACCAUAUAUAUUUCACAAAGCUAACAUUGUUUAUUUUUUUAAAGUUAGCAGAGAAGCUAGCUAGCUUAUCACUGAAGUUAACAUUUUGGCUUUCACUCUGUGUCUUUUUCCUAAUAAAAUUUGAUGUUUCAAAAUGUA